GCCGCUUCUGGAGCUUUCUUUUUCAAGCUCAUCUUCCCCAUUUACACAGGGAAAGAGAAGAAGGCACCACCCCUCCUGGAGGGGGGCCCUUUUCGAUUAAAGCCCCGAAGUAUCCAUGAGUUGUCUGUGGAGCAGCAACUGUACUACAAGGAGAUCACUGAAGCCUGUGUGGGGUCAUGUGAAGCCAAGAGAGCGGAAGCCCUUCAGAGCAUCGCAACAGACCCAGGGCUCUAUCAGAUGCUGCCACGAUUCAGCACCUUCAUCUCAGAGGGGGUCCGUGUGAACGUGGUGCAGAACAACCUGGCCCUGCUCAUCUAUUUGAUGCGCAUGGUGAAGGCACUGAUGGACAACCCUACGCUGUAUCUGGAAAAAUACGUGCAUGAAUUGAUUCCAGCUGUGAUGACCUGCAUCGUGAGCAGACAGUUGUGUCUGAGGCCAGAUGUGGACAAUCACUGGGCACUCCGGGACUUUGCUGCCCGCCUGGUGGCCCAGAUCUGCAAGCAUUUCAGCACAACCACUAACAACAUCCAGUCCCGGAUCACCAAGACCUUCACCAAGAGCUGGGUGGAUGAGAAGACUCCAUGGACUACACGUUACGGCUCCAUUGCAGGCCUGGCCGAGCUGGGACAUGAUGUGAUUAAAACUCUGAUUCUGCCACGGCUGCAGCAGGAGGGGGAGCGGAUCCGAAGUGUUCUGGAUGGCCCUGUGCUAAGCAACAUUGACCGAAUUGGAGCUGACCACGUGCAGAGCCUCCUCCUGGUGACCAGAGCCCCCUGCCUCCCCCUGCUUCUUCCCACUAAUCCUCCCUCCCCCGCUCACACAUACACACACACACACACAGGUACAAUGUUUAGCAAGAAUGUGGUCUUAUUAUUCAUUUAUCCCAUCUUUGCCUCAUAUAUUCAGAGCAACCUCAGAGUCCAAAUAUACCAGGGAGAUUUAGCAUGUUCUCUGUUCACACCAAUUGGAUGCAAGAUAACAGACACUGACUUUACGUUCUUCUCCCAGGUCCUGUCCCUCAGCACCUCAGCCCCUGGCUCAGGCUCCACCACCACCUCUCCUGUCACUACCACGGUCCCCAGUGUGCAGCCCAUUGUCAAGCUGGUCUCCACUGCCACAGCUGCACCCCCCAGCACUGCUCCCUCUGGCCCUGGUAGUGUCCAGAAGUACAUAGUGGUCUCUCUUCCCCCAACAGGGGAUGGCAAAGGAGGCCCCCCCACCUCCCACCCUUCCCCAGUCCCUCCCCAAUCCUCAGCCCCUUCCCCACUUGGGGGCAGUGCCCUCUGUGGGGGAAAACAGGAAGCUGGAGAUAGCCCUCCUCCAGCUCCAGGGACUCCAAAGGCUAAUGGCUCCCAGCCGCCUGGAUCUAGCUCGCCUCAGCCUGCCCCUUGAUGCUGUCACACAUCUGCCAACCUUCUCUUCCCAAGAGUCUCUCUCUCUACACACACACACACACACACACACACACACACACGCUGGAUGGAAGGAAGUAGUCAUCUGCUUCCCUCACCUUAACUUUCUUUUUAGAUAUUGUACAGCCAGCUCCUCAUAAUAAAAGUUUGAUUUAUAAGUUCC